AUGGGUCCACUACCUGUGUGCCUGCCAAUCAUGCUGCUCCUGCUGCUGCCGUCGCUGCUGCUGCUGCUUCUUCGACCUGGCCCCCGGUCCGGCGAGGCCUCCAGGACAUUACAUGUGUACCGGCGUGGGAUCCUGGAACUGGCAGGAACUGUGGGUUGUGUUGGUCCCCGAACCCCCAUCGCCUAUAUGAAAUAUGGUUGCUUUUGUGGCUUGGGAGGCCAUGGCCAGCCCCGUGAUGCCAUUGACUGGUGCUGCCAUCGCCACGACUGUUGUUACACUCGAGCUGAGGAGGCCGGCUGCAGCCCCAAGACAGAGCGCUACUCCUGGCAGUGCGUCAAUCAGAGCGUCCUGUGCGUUUCUGUGUAACCUAAUUCUUAUUCUGAUCAGAGAAGAAGGAACUGAAAAUCAGGAUUUUACUAACACCAUCGAUAUCUCCCCACUCUCCGGCAAAUGCACAAACACAGUCCUCUGGUUCCUAACGAUGCAUUUCACAGAUGAGUUUCCCUGGCUGCUCUCCAUGCA